GCUGCUCUUGUCCUGCGGUCACAUUUUUGGUUGCCACAACUCGGAGGGACUCGCUCACGUCGCAUUUCUCCUUCACCCGUCUGCUUCUAUUCGCCUUUAUUCUGACAACUUCCUCGCCGUGUCGCCGUGUUGCGUGUCGGUUAAUCGGUGAACAUUUAUUUUUUUGGGACCGUGUGUCACCGAGCUGCAGCAGCAGUCGACGUUAAGACGUUCUUCUAAUCUGGGAGGAUCAGUCUAAUUCCAAGACAGUUAUAUAAGAAGGGAAACGCUGCGCAUCUUUGAGCCGCUUUGUUAUUUAUUUUUUUAUCGGUCGUUUUAUUGAUUAUUAUUAUUGUUAUUCUGCUUUUAAGAGAGACCUUUCCCGUCCGUGUUCAUGCCAGAUCUGCAGCGCUUUAGUUUUCCGUACCAUAGCAUGAAUCCAUUGUUGGGGGCCACGGCGCAUCUCCAACAACAUCCGCAGCCGAGCCAGGCCACCGGGCACCCAGAAUCCCCCUCGGGCCUUCUCCCGGACGCCGUGUUCGGGUCUCCGGACUCGGCGUCUUUGCUGCUGGGUGAUCUCCCCGAGUUCCCCUCCCAGAGCUCAUCUUACCUGCACCACUAUCAGCAUCAGCACCACCACCCCACCGUGCACCAUCCUCCCGCGGCCAUGGCCCUGCGCAAUGACCUGGGUUCCAACAUCAGCGUGCUCAAAACCCUCAACCUGAGAUUCAGGUGCUUCCUGGCCAAAGUGCACGAGCUGGAGCGCAGGAAUAAGAUUCUGGAGAAGCAGCUGCAGCAGGCGUUGGAGGCCAACAGCGGCUGCAGGCCGCAUACCCAGGAGGCAGGCGUGCAGACGGGUUUCGUGGGAGCCAUCCCGCUCCGACCCGGCUCCCUCCCCUUCCACAACACCAACAACUCAGCUAGGAGGCCCACAACUUUAUCCUGCCCGGCCCCCGAGACUUCCGCUUCCACCCGAACCGACACCGCUUGUAACCCGGCCAUCGGCGUCAGCCAGGCCUCCCCCUCCGUGGACUCCCCCGGGUCCAGAACCUGCGGUGGACGCUCCGUGACCGCGGCUCCUCGCUUCCUCCCGGGCACCAUCUGGUCCUACAACGCCACUCGCAGGUUCGGAUCGGAGCGUCUGACCAGCCCUGGGGUCUCCUGGGUGCACCCGGAUGGAGUCGGGGUCCAGAUCGACACCGUCACCCCCGAGAUCAGAGCGCUCUACAACGUCCUGGCUAAAGUGAAGCGGGAGAGGGACGAGUAUAAACGCAGAUGGGAAGAAGAAUACACAAUGAGGACGGACCUGCAGCAGAAGAUUGCUGACUUGCAAGAGGACUUGCAGGAGAGCGAAGGCUGCCAGGAUGAGCUGGCCCUCCGAGUUCAGCAGUUGAAGGCCGAGUUGGUUCUCUUUAAAGGCCUCAUGAGUAAUAAUCUGUCAGAUCUGGACACAAAGAUUCAGGAGAAAGCCAUGAAAGUGGACAUGGAUAUCUGCCGCAGGAUCGACAUCACGGCUCGCCUCUGUGACGUCGCCCAGCAGAGGAACUGUGAAGACGUCAUCCAGAUGUACCAGGUUACAAACAACCAGCCGUCUAUAAGCCUGCGGCGCAAACAGACACCUCUAUCCAUGAACGGUAGCGAGGGCGAAGAACCAGUCAGUGUGUCUGAAAACGAUGCCAGCGUGGCCAAGGAGAAUGAGCAGCAGCAGCAGCAGCAGCAGCAGCAACACAGCAGCUCGUCGGCCAAUCAGAUCAACGAGGAGAUGCAGAGGAUGCUGAACCAUCUACGUGAGUGCGAGUUCGAGGAUGACUGUGACAGUCUGGCCUGGGAGGAGACGGAGGAGACGCUGCUGCUGUGGGAAGAUUUCCCAGGAAGCACUCUGCCUCCUGACCCCGCCCACCCGCCUGGAGAGGACGACUGUCUGGAAAAAGUGAUAAGUGACACUGAGUGCUUGUUCAAGUCCAGAGAGAAGGAAUACCAGGAAACCAUUGACCAGAUUGAGCUGGAAUUGGCGACGGCAAAGAGCGACAUGAACCGCCACCUGCACGAGUACAUGGAGAUGUGCUCCAUGAAGCGAGGCCUGGAUGUCCAGAUGGAGACCUGCAGGAGACUCAUCACGCAAAGCGGCGACAAUAACACGGCAGCACAGACGUCCGCCGACAAUACUGACCAGCGCGAGAGCGACAGGAGCUCGGUGUCCCCGCCGUCCUCGUCCGGCGCCAGGAAGUCCUGACAUCUCGCCGCUGCGGUCAUGUGAUCUCCACAACAGUACCGCACUGUCACAACACAACACCACACAACCCCUGUGGCCCUACAAUCAUCAUCAUCACAUCACAGUAGUCAAUAUGUGUGUCGUCCAUGUAGCCAUCUUAUACCAGCUUGUCAAAUAGCCUGUUAACGUGAACAUUUAGCAGGAUUUGGUACAAAACGCUAAGCAUUCUAAUUAAGGUGGACUGACAGAUUUUCUUAGUUGCUUGAAAAUGUUUAAUUUAAAUUCAGCAGCUUUAAAACUACACCAGACUGGAGGUUUUGUGGUAAAAUAUAACAUAAAAGGGGCAAACUAAAUUUUCUGAGGCAGGCAUAUGGUCUUUUGGGAAGAUUCAAACAUAAAAUAUAAAGUUUGGGAUAGAGAAUAUUGCUUUGUUUUUGUGGUAGCCUAUACCUUUUGGGGGUCAAAGUAUAUUUUUUGUGUGCUAAAUAUGGCAAAUUAUUUUUCUAAAUAUUGCAUUUCAUGUUAAAAUAGUGAUUUUGGGGACAAAAUAUAGCUUGUUGUGUCAAGACAUUCCUGUUGGGGACAAAAUGUAACUUUUUUUUUAAGCCGACCGAUAUGAUGUAUUGGGCACUUUGGGGUAGGAUAUAGCUUUUGUUGUGGCAAAAUAUGUUUUAGGGGACAAAUAUGACUUUUGAGGGGAAAAUAUUGCAAUUUGAGGGGUAAAAGUCGCAUUCUUUUUUCCAAAUGUUAAUUUUUGGGGACAAAAUUGUGUGUAUGUGUGUGCGUGUGUGUAUGUGUGUGUGUGUGUGUGUGUGUGUGUGUGUGUGCGUGUGUGUGUGUGAGUGUUUUCUUGGGAGGGCAAAAUAUGGUGUUUAGGGGGUUCAAUUUAGUUUUUUGUUUUUGGGUUGAGUUUUAUUUUUUUUUGUGGCACAAUAUCAUGUAUUUAUGUCAUAAAAUUGUGUUUUCAGUACAGCUUGUUGACCAAGAGUUUGAGAUUGCUAGACAGUAAUCCAGUCCUAACCGUAAUACUGCUUAACGUUUUGUACUAUUUCCUACACAAUUUUGUUGAGGUUUAUUUUCUAUGUUGAUGAGAGAUGCAACAUUAGACUACCUCAUUCACAAACAAGAGAACAUUGCAUUGAUGAUUUGGGCAAAACAACAACACAAAUAGUCAAUAAGAAACGUCAUAACAUAGCAACGAGAAAAUAUGUGUAGUCAGUGUAAAAUGUAUUGUUAUUCACACCAACUGUGUGGAUGACUUUGAUUGGCGUUCACGUCUACGGGCAGAUUCCACUCACAAUAGGAUGUCACGAGUCAGCGUUUUACUGCCUUACAGAUACAGAGUGAAAGCUUGUUUUGGUUCUGUGUGAAACAUUAUCAGGCUGCAAAGCUACAUUGUGAAUAAAUGAGGAAUUAAAUGUGCUUUCCUGAUCAAAAUGUCAGCAGCAUGCAGCCGGGUGAUGACAAGCUGAAAGCCAACUUUUGUCAGGCAGUGGUGACAGCAAUCUAUCUCUUAGCUGAUAACUCUAGUGGUCAAGUCUUGGGAAUUUUGGGGAUUUUCCCAGUGCACUUUGCCUGACAACUGCACCUACAGCAGUGACUGUAAGCGUCUGCAUGUCAGAGAACGAUUUGAGUGUUUAUUGUAGUACAAUGAGAAGUGUAUAACUAAUAUAGUGGUGCCACGACUUCCUGGUUUUUCAAGAUACCGAUUCUCAUAUGCCGUUCAUUGGCCGAUUUUCUUUUUUUUUUUGCCUUGAGUUGUGAGUGUGUUUCAGACUUCGGCCACUCCAGUGAAGUGAAAAAAAAAAAAGUUAAUAAGGUAUAAUCACUUAGUCAAACCUCAAUUUGCUAAUAAAUUGCUUUACCCCAAACAAUUUGGGAGAAAAAUAUUGCGUGGGUUCACAAAUUAUGCACACUUGUGCUUUCAUUCGCACGGGGUAAACAUCAUUUCCUCCGCCGUCACGUAUUUCAGGUAUCUUUGUUUUUUGUUGUUGUAAAGCUAUUAAGAAUUCUGUAAAGUGUGCAUGGCGUUGAGCGAGCGAGAGGGAGUUAGAGAAUGCGAGAGAGAGAGAUAGAGAGAGAGAGAGAGAGAGAGAGAGAGAGAGAGAGCUGCAAAUGCACUCUCUUUAGAGGAUGUGAGAGAGAGAAAAAGAAAGAAAUAGAGCGCUACAAGGCACUCUAGGCCGCGCCAUUUAAAGGCACAACAUGAAUAUACUACUGCGUGUGUGUGUGUGCGUGCUUGCGUGUGUGUGUGUGUGCCGUUUGGCGUCAUUACCCUUCAUAAAACGUAUGGUUUUAGAGUCAUAUUUUACAAUACUGUACUGUUUUUUUAAUUCAAAAUAUAUAAGUGUGUUUUUUUUUUUUUGUGUUUUCUUUUUUUUUUUUGAGGUGGCUGGAACGGAUUAAUGGCAUUAUGAUACAUUUCAAUUGGGAAACUUGAUUUGAAAUAUGAGUGAUUUAAGUCACGAAGGUGGUCACGAAACGAAUUAAACUCGUAAGUCGAAGUACCACUGUAUGUGAGUCUGAGAUGGAUUGAAAAUUACGCACUUUUAUGAAUGACUUUUAUUAGGAAUGCUGAGAUUCCGGUCUGGAAGAAGUGAGCCGCCGAGUGCCAAAAUGAAGGAGAAAAAAAAAGUGAGCAAAUUAAGCAGCC